CGCCCGAAUUAGCAAAGUCUCGCAUCAGUCUUACACGAUAGUACCAUCAGUAGAAAAAUGUAAGGGAGUGUACAAUCGAUCAAACUGUCUCGGAGACCGUUUUGCUUCUGUCCAAGCACAUCGUUGAGUCCAAGUGCCAGAAACGUGGUAUGGAGGGUGAAAGCUCAGCACAGGUUGCGUACCACGCAGUGUCUCAGACCCUCCCGUUCCGAGACCUAUCUUGCCUCGGCCGUUGCGAUAUUGCACAAAAUCCGUGCGAAGGGGAGGAAAAAGAAAAGCUUCGCCAACGGUUUUAUCGUGCUGGCUGCUGAUGUCGCUGUUAUAUAUCUUGAGUGCUUUGCCACUGCUUUCCAGUCGAGAGAGUUCUUGAUAGCAAGAUCUCACCUGCAUCGCACCCUCAUUCUCGAAUACUCAUAUAUCAGCAUCGGCAUCAGCAUCAGCAUUGGCACACAGUUCCAGGAGCCCAGCAAAAAUACCAGCCGAGAAAGAAGAAGCCAUCCAUCACAAUGCUUUUCUCCGAGAUAUUCGUCAUCGUCGUGGCCUGCAUCACGUGGGGUCUCACCUCCCUCGGCAUGGCAGUCUACUACCAUCACCUCUUACCACUAGAAGCCCGUCGGCGCUCGCCCACGCUCCAAAACAGCAGUGUCCUGUCGACACUUGUUACGACUCUGCUCUUCAUCGCCGCUUUCAUUUUCUGGCCCUUCAUCGCCCUAUGGAACCUCUGCGCCCAAUCUCCCGCCAUCGUCAAAGGGACAACAUGCUGCAAUUCAAACAUGUCCAGAGGAAGACCCAAGGCUGGAUGCUGCGGGUGCAGUUGCAUUUCGUGCGAACCUUGCAUCAGCGACGAGGUAUAUGAGAUGGAGAAGACCCGAAAGGAAGAGUCAAGACGGAUCGUCUGCGGCGUCCAGAGCGUGCAACCAACCAUGCAGCAGACGAUGGAGAUGAGGCCGUAUUCCGCUACCUCUACCGCCCAAGAGAAGCGGGUCGUUGAGAGUAACGAGUCUCUGACCGAGAGCGCUCAACCGACACCGCGGAUUGACAAGUGCUGAUUGAGGGCAGAGGCAGACGAGAGGUUGUUGUCGGCGAUGGAAAGGGCGUUGAGUGAGGGUUGUGAGUGGGGGUUGCGCUUCAUGAGAAAGUGCAACGCCGUCGAACUUUGGGAGAAAUCAUGAUGGGUAGAAGUUCUGUGUCAAUUACAGCAGAGAAUUUGCGGAAGGUCCUAGAACAAGAAGAAAGUCAUGAUGGACGCCCGAGAGGGCGGUAAAUGAAAAUUGCGAGUGUGUCCGUUCAGUUAAGGUGGAGGCUCACGCUCAGCUAGCCGGUAGGCGUCAAUGAGAAUGGUGGGAUGGUUCAAAGAGGUUGUAGAUUUGAGAAGCUGCAGUCCAUUACGCAGUCGCUGGUGUACU